AUGUCCCGGAUCUUUCAUUUGCACAUUCGCUUGCGGAGAAACGUGGCCGCUUGCGGAGGAGUUGCACGACUCCCCCUGCGCGCCAUAUGUUGCACGGCAAAAAAACAAGCCGAUAACGGAGACCCGUCGUCGGCCUUGAGGACGCGGUGGAAGGACACCGCGGACACCGUCGUUAUUGGUGGCGGAUGCGUGGGCGUCAGCUUGGCGUACCACCUGGCCAAGGGUGGCGCGAAGGAUGUGGUCCUGCUGGAGAAGUCCGAGCUGACUGCCGGCUCCACCUGGCACGCUGCCGGUUUGACGACAUACUACCACCCUGGAAUCAACCUCAAGAAGGUUCACUAUUACAGUAUUAAACUGUACGAGAGCCUGGAGGCCGAGACCGGACAGGCAGUGGGCUUCCACCAGCCAGGUAGCAUCCGCAUUGCUUCAACUCCAGAACGAGUGGAUGAGAUUAAGUACCAGAUGUCCCGAACCCACUGGCAUCCGACCCCGCAGUCCAUCAUCGGACCAGAGAAAAUCCAAGAGCUCUUCCCUCUGCUCAACAUGAACAAGGUCAUAGCGGGUCUUCACAACCCAGGAGAUGGUCACAUCGACCCGUACUCUCUCACCAUGGCCCUGGCUGCAGGGGCACGUAUGUAUGGCGCCCAGAUCUACAGCCCUGCCCCAGUCACCGGCCUUACUCCAACCUCAGAGGGCAAGUGGGAUGUCCAAACCCCCCAUGGGACCAUUCGCGCCAACCGCAUCGUCAACGCGUCAGGUUUCUGGGCGAGGGAGGUGGGCCAGAUGAUUGGAUUUGAACACCCGACCAUUCCCGUGCAUCACCAGUAUGUCGUGACAGCCACAGUGCCAGAGGUGAAGGCUCUGAAGACGGAGUUGCCUGUGAUCAGGGACCUGGAAGGGUCCUACUAUCUCCGUCAGGAAAGAGACGGCCUGCUGUUCGGACCCUAUGAAAAGAUGGAGAAGAUGGUGCUGCAGGACUCCUGGGUCAGAGAUGGAGUUCCUCCAGGUUUCGGCAAGGAGCUGUUUGAGUCUGACCUGGAUAGGAUUAUGGAUCAUGUUGAGAUGGCCAUGGAGAUGGUCCCUGUGCUUAAGAAUGCUGACAUCAUCAAUAUCGUGUCUGGACCAAUCACAUAUACUCCUGAUCUGCUGCCAAUGGUCGGGCCACACCAGGGAGCACGCAACUACUGGACAGCCAUUGGAUUUGGGUACGGGAUAAUCCACGCUGGUGGAAUUGGUAAAUUCUUGAGUGACUGGAUUAGGAAUGGGGAACCUCCAUAUGACCUGAUUGAAUGUGACCCCAACCGCUAUGGAAAAUGGACGGAUGUACCUUACCUGUGUGCCAAAGCCAGGGAAUCCUAUGGCUACAACAAUGUGGUGGGUUACCCUAAGGAGGAGCGCUUUGUAGGGCGUCCAACCUGCAGAACAGGUGGCGUGUAUAAUCUUCUAAAAGACAAGGCCUCCAUGGGUUUCCAUGCUGGUUGGGAACAGCCCCAUUGGUUCUACAAGCCUGGGGACGACACUGGAUACAAGCCCAGUUUCCGCCGUACCAACUGGUUUGGACCAGUUGGCAGGGAGUGCGAACUGGUUAUGCAGAAGGUGGGCGUUAUUGACUUGACACCUUUUGGCAAAUUCGUAGUGAAGGGGAAGGACUCGCACAAGUUGCUGGACCGGCUGUUUGCCAACACCAUGCCUAAGGUGGGCCUAACUAAUAUUAGCCACAUGUUGACCCCCACUGGCAAAGUCUAUGCUGAGGUCACCAUUACCCAGCUUGCACCAGGUGAAUUCCUGCUCAUCACAGGCUCAGGGUCAGAGCUGCAUGACCUCAGGUGGAUAGAGAGGGAAGCACUGGAUGGUGGGUAUGACGUGGACAUCAGCAAUGUGACGGAGGAUAUAGGGGUGCUUGGUGUCGCUGGACCAAACUCUCGCAAGGUUCUUCAGAAGCUGACAGAUGAGGAUAUGAGCGAUGCUGGAUUCAAGUUCCUGCACUGCAAGUCCAUCACGCUAGCUGGCAUUCCAGUCAGAGCCAUCAGGAUUUCCUACACCGGUGAGUUGGGUUGGGAGCUGUAUAUUGAACAGAAGCAGAUGGCAGCUGUGUACCAAGCCAUCAUGGAGGCAGGACAGGAUGAGGGCAUUGACAACUUUGGCACCUAUGCCAUGGCCUCCCUUCGACUGGAGAAGGGCUUCAGAGGGUGGGGAGCCGAGAUGAACUGUGACACCAAUCCUCUGGAGGCUGGCUUGGACUAUUUCAUCAAGCUGAACAAGCCUGCUGACUUUAUUGGCAAGGCAGCUCUGCAACAGAUUAAAGCCAAGGGCCUGAAGAGGAAGCUGUCCUACAUCACCAUGGAUACAGAUGAUAUCGACCCUGAAGGCAAUGAGACAAUAUGGCACAAUGGCAAGGUGGUAGGCAACACCACAUCUGGAGCCUACAGCUACAGCAGCCAGCAGAGCCUGGCGUUUGCCUACCUUCCUGUGGAGCUUUGCUCUGUGGGCCAGAAGGUGGAGGUGGAAGUGUUGGGGAGAAGGUACCCAGCCAUGGUGGUCCAAGAGCCACUAGUCCUCACGGAGCCCACGAGGACCCGCUGCAAAAGAAAGCCAAAGUAUAGGAGGACCUGUUUACCAUGCAGACUGGCCUUUGCAAAGUGAUGAAGCGCCAACGUCCGCCGCUACCAUACUGUGAUCUCUUCAGAAACCUCCAAAAACCCUUGAUGUAUAUUCCCAUGUAUCAUGCUUUUCAAGUCCCAAAUAUGAUGUGUGAAACACAGACUUCUUCAUGGGGACAGAGUUUGGUCAGCUGAUUGGAAGGAAGUCAGUAAAGCAGCUCGUGGGGUCAUGACGUCAGGCUGUCUGAGUGUGUCUUUCAGAACAAGGAGAAGAAGUGACUAUUUUUAUUAUUAUGUUCUCACCACAGUGUCUUACCAUAUGAUGUUUUUCUAAUGAAAAAGUAAUUGGCUUCUCUUUUUUUUUUUUUUUAAUUCCAAGGAAAGGUUUACAGUUUUUGGAGAUUGUUUAAUGAUGACGCUGUGAUUUUUAUAUCUAAGGGCACAGCAUUUUUUUUUUUGUAAAUCAAUUUUUUUUUUAACUUUAUUUAUAAGAAAAUUAAUGUACAUUUAAAACCUGGACUAAUUAAAGGCAUGCUCU